AUCAACUUUGUUACGGCAAUAAAGAAAUCCAAAAUCAAGCCCCAAAUCCGACUCACAAAAGGCAAAGGGAUUUUUCUCGGAGCUUCGAGCUCUCGGCAACAGCCCCCGUGUUAGAGCUCAGAGUUUAGAGAGAGAGAGAGAGAGAGUGAGAGACUGAGGGAUUGAUUCUGAAACCCCAUUCUUACAACCAAGUCGGGGCAAAGGCUCUCAGCAUUCAUUGUGGUAAUGGGAAACCUUAAUUCAGGGUUUCUGUGAGAACCUUAUCCAAUGAUGUUGGUUUUUUGGUCAUUCUCCCUCUGAUAUUAGAAUGUGGAAUUUUGCAUCCAAUUGCAUAGCUGGAAGUGUUGGACAGAAAAAUGACUCGCUAAACCCAACCCAUGCUGCUUCUGAAUGCUCUGAUGAUGAGGCUUCUUCUACUGUUAGCAGAGAGGAAGGUCUAGAGUGCCCAAUAUGCUGGGAAUCCUUUAACAUUGUUGAAAAUGUACCCUAUGUUUUAUGGUGUGGCCAUACCCUUUGUAAAAAUUGCAUCCUGGGACUGCAGUGGGCUGUUGUGAAAUUUCCUACUCUACCAGUUCAGCUUCCGCUCUUUAUAUCUUGCCCAUGGUGCAAUCUCUUAUCCUUCCGUCUGAUUUACAGGGGAAAUCUCAAAUUUCCUCGAAAGAACUACUUUCUUCUCUGGAUGGUCGAGAGCAUGAAUGGUGAAAGAGCAAAGUCCAAUUCUUCCUUCUCUAGGGAUCAUCAAUCAGUCUGGCCAACAAAUGGAAAUUUACCAAUGGGAAGCCAAGUAAGCCAUGGUAACCUCAGGAGAGGACAACAUAUUCGGCACCCUGAGCCAUCGGGAUCGAACCAUAACCAUGGCCAUCACCAUAAUCACCUCAAUAUGGAACUGAUACACUCUUCACUUCGGAAGUCUCUGGUUUUCUUCGUUCACUUGACAGCCAAGUUCCCAUUGGUUGUUCUAUUUCUUCUGAUUGUCUUGUAUGCAAUACCUGCCAGUGCAGCCAUCUUGGCACUGUACAUUCUUGUUACUGUUCUGUUUGCUCUUCCAUCAUUUCUCGUACUGUACUUUGCAUAUCCUAGUCUGGAUUGGCUUGUGAGAGAAAUCAUCACUUGAGAUACAUACUAUUUGUUUCUUAGUUUGCAAGUGCUGUGAGUUGAAGUUUCCUCCUAUCAAAUGCCACUUGUCUAUCAAAAUAUGGUCAACUUUAUAAUUCGACGACUUUUCACUCUCUAAGGCCACUCCAAGUUCAUUCCACUCAAAGCCCCCCAGCUUCAUCCAAGUCUUUCAUUUUCAGAAUCAUUUCAGCUCUAAUAGAAUAUGGUUGGUGUGAUGGCUGUGUUGGUUGCAUCCAAAUUCGAAUUUCUUGUUUGCGAAGACAUGGUUGUGUUGUGGAUAUUCAGAGCUCCUGUAAGAGUACAGCUGUAAUAUGUAAUUAGACGGGGCUAUAUAUGAAAGCUCUGAGUGCUUGUUUUUAUGGAAAAAUUCUACAUUAUAGUUAUGUGAUUAAUUACUAGUUGUUUGUUUAAAGGUAGAUUUGGGAUCAAAGCAAUGUAAUAUGGUAUCUAGUCUUUUGACAGUUGGUUGUUUGUAGUCACUAGCAGGGUUCUUGGCAUUAUUUGCAGUUCCUGAUUGGCCUUGCGGGAGUGGAUGAUGGCUUACUGGACUUGCCCUUUCUGGAUUUGCAGUGAAACUUAGUCUAUCUGAUUUUUUGCUCUGGAAAUCUGUCUUGUGGUCUUGGAAGGUUUCUCGGUGUGCAUGCUUUCUUAGGAGUAGGAGGUCAUGGGUGUUGUAAAAACUAAUCAUGGAAUUCAAAGUUGUGAAGCUGUUUUUAUGUUCGGCAGUUGUGUUUCUUAGUUUGUCUGAGCAGGAUUGAAUAAUCUGUCUAUCAAUGAUUUUUCAUUGCAAGAUGCGGCAUUUCAGCAGGCAUCUACCUUGAACAGAACAUGUCUUUUAUGGAUCCAUUUGUUAAAUCCGAUAUUCAGCUUUAUUCCUUGUUUGGGCUACAA